UAUCAUUCCUGUCUAUUCAUAUUUGAAGUAGUUAAUACGAGUCUUACUCGAGGAUGAAUCAACUUUAAAUGUUGACUUUCAACGCAAAUUGAUGGAAAGAAUGGUUUAUAGCAAUAUUACAAGGAUUGUUGCCAUGUUUACCGCGAUAUCUCUAUACUUUGCUACUGAAUGUAAAGGAAAUGGUAACUGCAGUUUCUUGAUGAAUUCGAAUUCUGUGAUGCCCAUGCUGAAAAAUAUAGACAAUAUGAGAAAUAUGGUGAAGUUAUGGAAAUUAUGCGCGAAAAUUGGUGACAAAGAGAUUAGAACAAUGUUAAAUGCCAAAUAUUUCAAUGGAUCGCUUAAAGAAUGGAAUCAAAAUAGUUUCUAUCCUGUCGGAAAGUAUGAUUCGUCUAAAAAAUUUCAUCAGUUAAAGCAUUCCUGUAAAGAAAACCAGUGUGAAAAUGGCGGAACGUGUCACGAUACUUUGGACGGUUAUAAAUGCCUAUGUAGGCCUCAGUUUAGCGGGCGCAACUGCUCGAUAUACAGAUUUGCAAGAGAUGAUGAUUGCCCUAUAAAAUGUCAGAACGGAGGACAGUGUUAUCAACAGGAGAAAACUUUCCUGUGCUCUUGUAAACCUGGAUUCACGGGGCAAUAUUGCCAAAUAUAUGGCACAUGCAGAAAAUUUACGUGCUUAAAUGGAGGGAAAUGUUUUUCAAGCAUACGUACUGCUAAAUGUUGGUGCAUGAACGGAUUUCGAGGUGAAUUCUGUGAAGAAAACAUAGACGAUUGUGAAUUCCAUCGAUGCCAAAAUGGCGGGACCUGUAUUGAUAAAAUACAGGAAUAUUCGUGUUGUUGUCCUCCUGGAUAUACCGGGAACCUUUGCGAAAAGAAAUUAACGUGUUUCCGAAAUGAUUGUAAAAACGGAGGAACGUGCAUUGUUGUUGGAAGAAGCGAAAGAUGUGUUUGUAUGAAGGGAUUUGACGGAAGACGUUGCGAAAUAAAUAAUCAGUGCCGUAAGAAUCCGUGUUUAAAUGACGGAAUUUGUAUCCCUUCUUUUCCUCGCUACGAAUGCAAGUGUCAGCCGGAAUUUACUGGAAAAAAUUGCGCUAAACAAAGGAGGAUGCUGUACGCGCUGAUAUUCCCAGAAAAGAAGCAUUUAGUGACGAUAGACAUUCCUCCAUUAAAUGAAAUGACAAUGUCUUUUUUCGUAAAAUUUCCAAAAUCUGGGAUUGUAAAGGACAGAGGAGCAAUUUUCUCACUGAGAUUCGAAGAUAGAGAUUCUUCUAUACCCGAAGGAUUUGAUUUGAGUGGCUUUCCAUACGUGACUUUGGUUGCAUUUCAAAGGACAUUUCUUGUUUCUCACGCAACGAGUGAUUUUUGGCACUCUUUCGUUCUGAUGUGGGAUGGGACUAUCGAUAAAAUAUACGUUUAUUGGGAUGGAAAUGAAGUGACGAAUGACAAAACAUUCCAAUCGAAACGAAUUACUACGUUAAACAGCACUUUGAUUCUCGGUCAAAAUGACAUUCAUAUAUUAAAUUCAGAACCAUUUGUUGGAGUAAUAUCACAGGUGAAUAUAUGGGACACGAUACUUCCAGUAGAAUUUGUAUCGAAACAGACAUGUGGACUAAAGGGCAAUGUACUUUCGUGGGAUGCCGUUCAGUCUAAUAUUCAAGGGGAUGUAGUUAUAGAACAGUAUGUGGAUCUAUGUAAAAGAAACCAUUGCAAUGGAACAGAAUGUUAUUGUUACAAACAAAAUUUGACCGAAUAUUCACGCUACUGUGUUAUCGAGAAUAACAGAUUUCAAACAUUCGAUUUGUCGACAUUCACUCAUAAAGGAAUGUGCCAGUAUGCGCUUCUACACGAUUGCUUUGAAGGACAAUUCAGCGUUAGAUACGAAAAGUCGGGAAGUAACACCACACAAAACGAUUUCAUUAUUAUUGCUAAUUGUGCAAAGUUGAGGAUCACCGCAGAGGGCGCAUGUAUCAUUGACGACGAAAGGAUAGAACUUCCAUACGUCGUAAAUGCUAACAUACGAAUCAGCAGAGAUAAUUUGGAUAAUUCUUUAACAAUUUCGACUAAAUCGUACGUCACCUUCAUUUGGUACUCAUCUACGAAGGUUAAAAUAUUUAUAAACCAAAAACGGAAAGCGAAAGUUUGUGGAUUGUGUGGAAAUUUCAACGACGACAAAGAGGAUGAUCAGGCAACUCUACCUUCAAAAUUGAUCUGGCCAUCCACUUACAAUAAGGAGAAAUGUGGAAAAAUCUUGACAGUGGAUGAUCAAACAGAAACGCCCGCGGUACACGGACAAGACUACACUCGGGAAUCAGAUUAUUACGAUUACGUAACAAAGAAGCCAGGAAAAAACAUGGACGAAGUAAUCGACGAGCUCAUGAAACCCAUUAAAGUUAUAGUUUUCUGCGUAACAGUUGCAGGAUUUUUACUUGAUAAUGCAGUAUUACCACUGGAAGAAUCAGCCUUAAAUGAUGAAUUUCAACGCAAAUUGAUGGAAAGAAUGGUUUAUAGUAAUAUCACAAGGAUUGUCGCCAUGUUUACUGCGACAUCUCUAUACUUUACUAUUGAAUAUAAAGGAAAUGGUAAAUGUAGUUUGUUGAUGAAUUCGAAUUCUGUGAUGCCCAUGCUGAAAAGUAUAGAAAAUAUCGGAAAUAUGUUGAAGUUAUGGAAAUUAUGCGCGAAAAUUGGUGACAAAGAAAACGUAGAAAUAAGAUUGCAUGAAAAAAGGUUAGAAAAAAGGUUGCAUGGUUAUAUCUCCUCCCUACUGGAUAGCAGUGUUCUGGUAGCACAAGAUCCUGCAAUAGUAGUUAAAGAGUUGCAAGAUAUAGCUCUGAUAAAUGAGAAAGUGGGAACAGUAUUGGAUUAUGAGAGUUUAUACCCUUCAAUUAAAAUUGAGUCUUGUUUGGAAACGUUAAUGGCGUUCUUGUUUAAAGAAAACCCAGAGUUGAUACACCACAGGAACGAAGUUUUAGAGAUGGCUAACCUUGUAUGUUGUGAAUCCUUCUUUGGCUUUGAAGGCCAAACGUACAAACAAAACAGGGGAGUUUCUAUGGGAAGCCCAAUAUCGGGGCUUCUAUGCGAAUUGGUGGUAAGAAAAAUUGAGGAAAAGGUUGUGCAUAGCUUCAGAAAUGAUAUUGUUUACUUAAAGAGAUAUGUCGACGAUAUCUUUAUACUAUGGAAAAAUAAUCGAGAAAGCAGUAAUUUUAUAGAAAGAAUCAACGAUAACAAAGACGGCCUAAACCUGAAGCUAGAGCAAAAAAGUUCCGUAGUGAUACACUUCUUGGAUAUUAAUAUCAUCUUUAAGAAAGGGCAUUUAUCUACUAGUGUGUAUACUAAACUAAUGCAUAGCCCACUCUACAUUCCUGCGCAGUCCAAUGAUCCAUUUCGUUACAAAUUAGCAGCUUUUCGUGCCUUAGUUAGAAGGGCUUUUCUAUAUUGCGAUAACAUUAUGGACAGAAAUAAAGAAAUGAAAAGGAUUAUGCAGAUAGCAGAAACCUUGGGUUACAGNAAUUCUGUGAUGCCCAUGCUGAAAAGUAUAGAUAAUAUAGGAAACAUGGUGAAGUUAUGGAAAUUAUGCGUGAAAAUUGAUGAUAAAGACUUUAGAAUAUCAAAUGCCAAUUAUUUUAAUGGAUCACUUAAAGAAUGGAAUCAAAAUAAUUUCUAUCCUGGCAGAAAGUAUGAUUCGUCUAAAACGUUUUAUCAAUUAAAGCAUUUCUGUAAAGAAAACCAGUGUGAAAAUGGUGGAACGUGUCGCGAUACUUUAGAAGGUUAUAAGUGCCUAUGUAGGCCUCAAUUUCGCGGGCGCAAUUGCUCUAUAUGGAGGUUCUCAAGGCCAGUAAAUAAUUGUCCUCUCAAAUGCUGGAACAAAGGAUACUGUGCUUCAGAAAAUGGAACUUUCAGAUGCGUUUGUAAAGCUGGAUUUUCGGGAAAAUUUUGUGAAAUAUAUAACGCAUGCAGGAAAUCCAAGUGCUUAAAUGGUGGAACAUGUUAUACGAGUACAAGAUUACGCAUUCCCAAAUGUCUGUGCACAGCAGGAUUUCGAGGUGAAUACUGUGAAGAAAACAUAGACGAUUGUGAAUUCCACCAAUGCCAAAAUGCCGGAACCUGUAUUGAUAAAAUACAGAAAUAUUCGUGUUGUUGUCCUCCUGGAUAUACCGGGAACCGUUGUGAGAAGAAAUUAACGUGUUUCCGAAAUGAUUGUAAAAACGGAGGAACGUGCAUUCUUGUUGGAAGAAGCGAAAAAUGUGUUUGUUUGAAGGGAUUUGCCGGAAGACGUUGCGAAAUAAAUAAUCAGUGCCGUAAGAAUCCGUGUUUAAAUGACGGAAUUUGUAUUCCUUCUUUUCCUCACUACGAAUGCAAGUGUCAGCCGGAAUAUACAGGAAAAAAUUGCGCUAAACAAAGGAGGAUGUUGUACGCGUUGAAAUUCGAACCAAAAUCGAAUUAUUCAGUGAAGAUAAGAGACAUUCCUCCAUUAAGUGAAAUGACAAUGUCUUUAUUCGUCAAAUUUCCAAAUUCUGGCAUUUCGGAGAACCGAGGAACAAUUUUCUCAUUGAAAUUCGAAGAUAAAUAUUCUUACGUACCUGAAGGAUUUGCUCUCAGUGACUUUCCAUACCUGAGUUUGGUUGCAUUCAAAAGGACUUUUGCUUUAACUUACGCAGAGAGUGAUAUUUGGCACUUUUUCGUUCUGAUGUGGGAUGGAAUGAUCGGUAAAAUAUACGUUUAUUGGGAUGGAAAUGAAAUUGCGAAAGACAAAACAUUCCAAUCAGCACGAAUUACUAAGUUAAACUGCAGUUUGGCUCUCGGUCAAAAUCUAAUUGGUAUAGGAGAGUCAGAACCAUUCUUGGGAGCAAUAUCGCAGGUAAACAUAUGGGACACGAUACUUCCAAAAGAUUUUGUAUCGAAAAAGCGAUGUGGACUAAAGGGCAAUGUCCUUUCGUGGGAUGCCAUUCAGUCUAAUGUUUACGGGGAUGUAGGCAUAGAACAGUAUGUGGAUCUUUGUAAAGGAAAACAUUGCAAUAAAACCGAAUGUUAUUGUUACAAACAAAAUUUGGCGGAAUAUGAAACAUGUUUAAGGCAUUUGGAUUCGUGUAUUUCGUUUUUAUGUUUACAUGGAAAAUGUACAAAUGGAAAAAUCUGCGAAUGUCGCAAAGGUUUCUAUGGAAAGUUUUGCCAAUACUAUGAAGACAAAUGCUUAAUAAAUAAUGGAGGAUGCAGUCAUUUCUGUAAAAGUUCAUUAGGGAACGUGACUUGUACGUGUCCACCGAAGAUGAAGUUAUUAAGUGAUGAAAAAACGUGCACAGAAACAGAAAGAUGCCUGAUAGGAAAUAGGGUUUAUAUGAAUGGAGAUACAUGGAGUGAAAAAUGCCAAAGGUGUCGAUGCAACUUAACCGUUAUAAAAUGUUUCAAUAUAUCUUGUCCGACAUUAAAUUGUCGCAAAAAUGAAUUAAGGAUACAAGAACCCGGGACAUGCUGUGCCAUGUGUAUCUCAAAUUCACGCUACUGUGUUAUCGAGAAUAACAGAUUUCAAACAUUCGAUUUGUCAACAUUUACACACAAAGGAAUGUGCCAGUAUGCGCUUCUACACGAUUGCUUUGAAGGACAAUUCAGCGUUAGAUACGAAAAGUCGGGAAGUAACACCACACAAAACGAUUUCAUUAUUAUUGCUAAUUGUGCAAAGUUGAGGAUCACCGCAGAGGGCGCAUGUAUCAUUGACGACGAAAGGAUAGAACUUCCAUACGUCGUAAAUGCUAACAUGCGAAUCAGCAGAGAUAAUUUGGAUAAUUCUUUAACAAUUUCGUCUAAAUUUUACGUCACCUUCAUUUGGUACUCAUCUACGAAGGUUAAAAUAUUUAUAAACCAAAAACGGAAAGCGAAAGUUUGUGGAUUGUGUGGGAAUUUCAACGACGACAAAGACGAUGAUGAGGCAACUCUGCCUUCAAAACUGAUCUGGCCAUCCACUUACAAUAAGGAGAAAUGUGGAAAAAUCCUGACAGUGGAUAAUCGAACAGAACUGCCCACGGGACAUGGACAAGACUACACGCAGGAAUCAGAUUAUUAUGACUACGUAACAAAGAAACCUGAUAGUGAUAUCGACGAAAUAGUCGAUAAGCUCAUGAAACCACUUAAAAUUAUAGUUUUCUGCUUCACAGUCGCAGGAUAUUUAUUUGUAAUUUUAUUAUUUCUAUUUCUAUUACAUAAAGAGAAACAAAAUGUCGAUUUGAUAGAUUAUCAUCGUCGUGCACAUAUGAUUAUGUGGUUCUUGCAUGAUUCGUCUACUAUUGUGCUGUUUACUCACAUCAAUAUGAAUUUUAGCUAUAUUCGUAAUCUACUACUAGUAUUGUAUUUCGCACACUUGCUGAUACACCACAGAUUUGUUUUGAGUGCAUUAGAGCCCUACGAUAAAAAUAACGCAGUCUUACUAGUGGAAGAAUCAGCCAUAAAUGAUGAAUUUCAACGAAAAUUGAUGGAAAGAAUGGUUUAUAGUAAUAUCACAAGGAUUGUCGCCAUACUUACUGCGACAUCUCUAUACUUUACUAUUGAAUAUAAAGGAAAUGGUAACUGUAGUUUCUUGAUGAAUUCGAAUUCUAUGAUGCCCAUGCUGAAAAGUAUAGACAAUAUAGGAAAUAUGGUGAAGUUAUGGAAAUUAUGCGCGAAAAUUGAUAAUAAAGAAAUAUCAAAUGCCAUUUAUUUCAAUGGAUCACUUAAAGAAUGGAACCAAAAUAGUUUCUAUUUUGGCAGAAAGUAUGAUUCGUCUAAAACGUUUUAUCAAUUAAAGCAUUCCUGUAAAGAAAACCAGUGUGAAAAUGGUGGAACGUGUCACGAUACUUUGGAAGGUUAUAAGUGCCUAUGUAGGCCUCAAUUUAGCGGGCGCAAUUGCGCUGUAUCUAGAUUUGCAAGAGCAGAAGAUAAUGAAGAUGAUGAUGAUGAAUUUAAUUGCACUAUUAAAUGUCAGAACGAAGGAGUGUGUUAUAAACAGGAGAAAACUUACCUGUGCUAUUGUAAACCUGGAUUUACGGGGCAAUAUUGUGAAAUAUAUAACGCAUGCAGGAAAUCUAAGUGCUUAAAUGGGGGAACUUGUUACACAAGCAUACGCAGUGCUAAAUGUAGGUGCAUUGACGGAUUUCGAGGUGAAUUCUGUGAGGAAAACAUAGACGAUUGUGAAUACAAUCGAUGCCAAAAUGGCGCGACCUGUAUUGAUAAAAUACAGAAAUAUUCGUGUUGUUGUCCACCUGGAUAUACCGGGAACCUUUGUGAAAAGAAAUUAACGUGUUUCCGGAAUGAUUGUAAAAACGGAGGAACGUGCAUUCUUGUUGGAAGAAGCGAAAGAUGUGUUUGUUUGAAGGGAUUUGACGGAAGACGUUGCGAAAUAAAUAAUCAGUGCCGUAAGAAUCCGUGUUUAAAUGACGGAAUUUGUGUUCCUUCUUUUCCUCGCUACGAAUGCAAGUGUCAGCCGGAAUUUACUGGAAAAAAUUGCGCUAAACAAAGGAGGAUGUUGUACGCGUUGAAAUUCGAACCAAAAUCGAAUUAUUCAGUGAAGAUAAGAGACAUUCCUCCAUUAAGUGAAAUGACAAUGUCUUUGUUCGUCAAAUUUCCAAAUUCUGGCAUAUCGAAGAACCGAGGAACAAUUUUCUCAUUGAAAUUCGAAGAUAAAUAUUCUUAUGUACCUGAAGGAUUUGCUCUCAGUGACUUUCCAUACGUGAGAUUGCUUGCAUUCAAAAGGACUUUUACUAUAAAUUACGCAAGGAGUGAUUUUUGGCACUCUUUCGUUCUGAUGUGGGAUGGAAUGAUCGGUAAAAUAUACGUUUAUUGGGAUGGAAUUGAAGUGACGAAAGACAAAACAUUCCAAUCGAGACGAAUUACUAUGUUAAACAGUACUUUGGCUCUCGGUCAAAAUCUAAUUGGUAGAGGAGAGUCAGAACCAUUCGUGGGAGCAAUAUCGCAGGUAAACAUAUGGGACACGAUACUUCCAAAAGAUUUUGUACGGAAAAAGCGAUGUGGACUAAAGGGCAAUGUCCUUUCGUGGGAUGCCGUUCAGUCUAAUGUUUACGGGGAUGUAGGCAUAGAACAGUAUGUGGAUCUUUGUAAAGGAAAACAUUGCAAUAAAACCGAAUGUUAUUGUUACAAACAAAAUUUGGCGGAAUAUGAAACAUGUUUAAGGCAUUUGGAUUCGUGUAUUUCGUUUUUAUGUUUACAUGGAAAAUGUACAAAUGGAAAAAUCUGCGAAUGUCGCAAAGGUUUCUAUGGAAAGUUUUGCCAAUACUAUGAAAACAAAUGCUUAAUAAAUAAUGGAGGAUGCAGUCAUUCCUGCAAAAGUUCAUUAGGGAACGUGACUUGUACGUGUCCACCGAAGAUGAAGUUAUUAAGUGAUGAAAAAACGUGUACAGAAACAGAAAGAUGCGUUAUAGGAAAUAGGAUUUAUGCGAAUGGAGAUACAUGGAGUGAAAAAUGCCAAAAGUGUCAAUGCAACUUAACCGUUAUAGAAUGUUCCAAUACAUCUUGUCCGACAUUAAAUUGUCGCAAAAAUGAAUUAAUGAUACAAGAACCCGGGACAUGCUGUACCAUGUGUAUCUCAAAUUCACGCUACUGUGGUAUCAACAAUAACAAGUUCGUAACAUUCGAUUUGGUGUCAUUUACUCACAAAGGAAUGUGCCAGUAUGCGCUUCUACACGAUUGCUUUGAAGGACAAUUCAGCAUUAGAUACGAAAAGUCGGGAAGUAACACCACACAAAACGAUUUCAUCAUUAUUGCUAAUUGUGCAAAGUUGAGGAUCACAGCAGAGGGCGCAUGUAUCAUUGACGACGAAAAGAUAGAACUUCCAUACGCCAUAAAUACUAACAUACGAAUUAUCAGAGAUAAAUUGGAUAAUUCUUUAACAAUUUCGACUAAAUCGUACGUCACCUUCAUUUGGUACUCAUCUACGAAGGUUAAAAUAUUUAUAAACCAAGAACGGAAAGCGAAAGUUUGUGGAUUGUAUUUCAAUGGAUCACUUAAAGAAUGGAAUCAAAAUAGUUACUAUCCUGGCAGAAAGUAUGAUUCGUCUAAAAAGUUUUAUCAAUUAAAGCAUUUCUGUAAAGAAAACCAGUGUGAAAAUGGUGGAACGUGUCGCGAUACUUUAGAAGGUUAUAAGUGCCUAUGUAGGCCUCAAUUUCGCGGGCGCAAUUGCUCUAUAUGGAGAUUCGCAAGGCCAGUAAAUAAUUGUCCUCUCAAAUGCUGGAACAAAGGAUACUGUGCUUCAGAAAAUGGAACUUUCAGAUGCGUUUGUAAAGCUGGAUUUUCGGGAAAAUUUUGUGAAAUAUAUAACGCAUGCAGGAAGUCCAAGUGCUUAAAUGGUGGAACAUGUUAUACGAGUACAAGAUUACGCAUUCCCAAAUGUCUGUGCACAGCAGGAUUUCGAGGUGAAUACUGUGAAGAAAACAUAGACGAUUGUGAAUUCCACCAAUGCCAAAAUGCCGGAACCUGUAUUGAUAAAAUACAGAAAUAUUCGUGUUGUUGUCCACCUGGAUAUACCGGGAACCUUUGUGAGAAGAAAUUAACGUGUUUCCGGAAUGAUUGUAAAAACGGAGGAACGUGCAUUGUUGUUGGAAGAAGCGAAAGAUGUGUUUGUUUGAAGGGAUUUGACGGAAGACGUUGCGAAAUAAAUAAUCAGUGCCGUAAGAAUCCGUGUUUAAAUGACGGAAUUUGUGUUCCUUCUUUUCCUCGCUACGAAUGCAAGUGUCAGCCGGAAUUUACUGGAAGAAAGUGCGCUAAACAAAGGAGGAUGUUGUACGCGUUGAAAUUCCAACCAAAAUCGAAUUAUUCAGUGAAGAUAAGAGACAUUCCUCCAUUAAGUGAAAUGACAAUGUCUUUGUUCGUCAAAUUUCCAAAUUCUGGCAUUUUGAAGACCCCAGGAACAAUUUUCUCAAUGAAAUUCGAAGAUGAAUAUUCUUAUGUACCUGAAGGAUUUUCUCUCAGUGGCUUUCCAUCCGUGAGAUUGGUUGCAUUCAAAAGGACUUUUGCUUUAACUUACGCAAGGAGUGAUUUUUGGCACUCUUUCGUUCUGAUGUGGGAUGGGAGGAUCGAUAAAAUAUACGUUUAUUGGGAUGGAAAUGAAGUGGCGAAAGACAAAACAUUCCAAUCAGCACGAAUUACUAAGUUAAACAGCACUUUGGCUCUCGGUCAAAAUCUAAUUGUUAGAGGAGAGUCAGAACCAUUCUUGGGAGCAAUAUCGCAGGUAAAUAUAUGGGACACAAUGCUUCCAAAAGAUUUUGUACGAAAAAAGCGAUGUGGACUAAAGGGCAAUGUCCUUUCGUGGGAUGCCGUUCAGUCUAAUGUUUACGGGGAUGUAGGCAUAGAACAGUAUGUGGAUCUAUGUAAAGGAAAACAUUGCAAUAAAACCGAAUGUUAUUGUUACAAACAAAAUUUGACGGAAUAUGAAAAAUGUUUACGGCAUUUGGAUUUGUGUACUUCGUUUUUAUGUUUAUACGGAACAUGUGCAACUGAAAAACUGUGCGAAUGUCGCAAAGGUUUCUAUGGAAAGUUUUGCCAAUACUAUGAAGACAAAUGCUUAAUAAAUAAUGGAGGAUGCAGUCAUUUCUGCAAAAGUUCAUAUGAGAACGUAACUUGUACUUGUCCACCGAAGAUGAAGUUAUUAAGUGAUGAAAAAACGUGCACAGAAACAGAAAGAUGCGUUAUAGGAAAUAGGAUUUAUGCGAAUGGCGAUACAUGGAGUGAAAAAUGCCAAAAGUGUCGAUGCAACUUAACCGUUAUAGAAUGUUUCAAUACAUCUUGUCCGACAUUAAAUUGUCGCAAAAAUGAAUUAAUGAUACAAGAACCCGGGACAUGCUGUACCAUGUGUAUCUCAAAUUCACGCUACUGUGGUAUCAACAAUAACAAGUUCGUAACAUUCGAUUUGGUGUCAUUUACUCACAAAGGAAUGUGCCAGUAUGCGCUUCUACACGAUUGCUUUGAAGGACAAUUCAGCAUUAGAUACGAAAAGUCGGGAAGUAACACCACACAAAACGAUUUCAUCAUUAUUGCUAAUUGUGCAAAGUUGAGGAUCACAGCAGAGGGCGCAUGUAUCAUUGACGACGAAAAGAUAGAACUUCCAUACGCCAUAAAUACUAACAUACGAAUUAUCAGAGAUAAAUUGGAUAAUUCUUUAACAAUUUCGACUAAAUCGUACGUCACCUUCAUUUGGUACUCAUCUACAAAGGUUAAAAUAUUUAUAAACCAAAAACGGAAAGCGAAAGUUUGUGGAUUGUGUGGGAAUUUUAACGACGACAAAGAGGAUGAUGAGGCAACUCUGCCUUCAAAACUGAUCUGGCCAUCCACUUACAAUAAGGAGAAAUGUGGAAAAAUCUUGACAGUGGAUAAUCGAACAGAACUGCCCACGGGACAUGGACAAGACUACACGCAGGAAUCAGAUUAUUAUGACUACGUAACAAAGAAACCUGAUAGUGAUAUCGACGAAAUAGUCGAUAAGCUCAUGAAACCACUUAAAAUUAUAGUUUUCUGCUUCACAGUCGCAGGAUAUUUAUUUGUAAUUUUAUUAUUCUUAUUUCUCUUAUAUAAAGAGAAACAAAAUGUCGAUUUGGUGGAGUGA